AUGUCGAAACAAUUCUUACGUUCCACCAAAAAUAUGGUGAAAGGUUACUCCUCCACUCAAAUCUUGGUGAGGGAUGCCACAGCUAAUGACGAAAACACACCAUCUAUCGACAUUCUUGAUGAUAUUGCCGAAAAGACUUAUGAUUCAGUGGAUUUUUUCGAAAUUAUGGAUAUGUUGGAUAAAAGAUUGAAUGACAAGGGUAAAUAUUGGAAACAUGUGGCUAAGUCGUUGACUGUUUUGGAUUAUUUGAUUAGAUUCGGUAGUGAGAAUUGUGUGUUUUGGUGUAAAGAAAAUUUAUAUUUGAUCAAGACUUUGAAGGAAUUUAGAGUAGAUGAUGCCAUUGAUUACAAUACAGGCUAUGACCAGGGUCAAAUAGUUAGAGUUAGAGCUACAGAAUUAACAAGUUUAUUGAUGGAUGAUGAAAGAUUAAGAGAAGAAAGAAGCUUACAUAGCCGUGGCGGUAGACGUAGUGCACCACCUCCUCGUAUGGCCCCACAAAGAAGAAACACUUCAAGAUCUGAUUUCAAUAGACAAAGAGCUGACGAUCAUUAUGAUGAUGACUUACAAAAAGCUAUAGAAGAAAGCAAAAGAACUGCUGAAGAAGAUGAAAGAAGGAGAAGAAAUAGAGAAGGUGAUCAAGAAGAUGAUUUUGAAACAGCUUUGCAAUUGAGUAAAGAAGAAGAAGAAUUGAAAAAAUUACAAGAAUUACAUGCUCAACAAAUAGCUUUACAAAAUCAACAAAACGCUACACCAACUACACAAAACGUGGCAAAUGUUUAUACAGAUAUCUUUGGUAACCCAAUCUCCUAUGAAGAAUGGUUACAAUAUCAACAACAACAACAACAGCAACAAUUACAACAACAACAAGCUCAACAGGCCCUCCUGGAACAACAACGAUUGGCUGAACAACAAGCUCUUUGGGCCCAACAACAACAACAACAAGCCGCAUUGGCUCACCAACAAGCCGAAGCAGCUUUCUAUCAACAACAAGCUCAAGCUGCUUUGGAACAACAACAACUAUUACAACAACAACAAGCUCAAGCUCAGGCUCAAGCUCAAGCUCAACAAGCUGCCUUAGCCGAGCAACAACGUUUAGCUGAACAACAACGUUUAGCUGAACAACAACGUCUAGCAGAACAACAAGCACAACAACAACAAGCCGCCCUAUUGGCUCAACAACAAACAGCUUUAAACCAACAACCAAUGGUUACUGGUACCAACAAUCCUUUCUCCUUAUCAAAUAUAAACAACCCUCAACAACAACAACCUCCUUUAAUGUCAAGCUCAAGUACAACUCUACCCGAUUUAUCCUCUUUCAAACAAUCUACUUCGGUUCCACCAGCAACUCAAUCAAGUUAUACAACAAAAACAAAUGCUUCUUCAUUACCACCACAACCAAUCCCACAAAUGCGUACUGGUAACCAAGAAAUUUCAGAUAAAUAUAAUAAUUUGAAUACUCUUUUGGCCACGGGUACCGGUAUCGAUACUUUUGGUAACACAGGUGACAUGCGUAUUCCUGCUCAACAUACCGCAACAGGCACUUUCAUUAAUUCACAAGGUACAGGUUAUAAACAGUAUAUAAAUGAUCCAAAGAAUAAUCCUUUCAUGUCAAAUCAAUAUACUGGUUUACCAAGUACAAAUGUAGUUCCAAGUUACACUGGUUAUGGUUUUGGUAACCAACCACAACCACAAACUACUGCAAGUCAACCAAACACUCAACAAUAUCAACAACCAAAUCAACAACAUGCUCAACAACAACAAAAUUCGAAUGCUCAAGGGUUUAGUUUAAUUGAUUUAUGA